AUGAUACCAUCGAAACUGCACGAGUCAUGUUCUAAUGGCGACCUUGACAAAGUGAAGAAAUACUUAAAUAAAAAGAAUGUCGAUGAAAUAAUAACAAUAUUUAAAGAAGUCGAAUAUGAUCAUUGGACAUUAAUUCAGUGCGAAAAAUUAACACCAUUAAUUUGUGCAAUUGAAUCGAACCAUUUACCUAUUGUAAAAUAUCUUUACGAACACGGUGUAAAUAUUUACUUGCUGGAACCAUUAAGAACGGCUAGUCAUCACAAGCAUGUCGCAAUAGUUGAUUAUUUAUUAAAUAUUUUAAUCAUCAAAUCUGACACAAUCCCACCGAAGGAAUCUACUCCUUCGUCUUCAUUGACAUUGUGGUAUGAACAAAGCGCUUCAACAUGGCUGGAAGCAUUGCCAGUUGGUAAUGGUUAUAUGGGUGGCAUGAUCUAUGGUGGAUAUCCACGUGAAACAAUUCAACUGAAUAGUGAUACAUUAUGGGCUGGUUGUCCACAUGAUUAUUCGAAUAAAGAUGCUUUCAAUUCUCUUUCUCGAAUUCAACAACUGAUCCAAGAUGAUCGGUGGGUCGAUGCGCAAACAAUGUUGACAGAGAGCUUUUUCGGAAAACCGAUUGGUCAGGCACCGUAUCAACCUGUUGGAAAUCUACUGAUCGAUUUCUUUCACCAAUCACCAUCGGUCACGAUCGAUCACUAUCAGAGAGAAUUAGAUUUAGAAAAAGCCACUGCUACAACAAGUUAUUCAGAUAGCAAUGGAAGUUCAUACCAGCGAACAUGUUUCGCUUCUUAUCCUGAUAAUUGCAUAGUCUAUCGUGUUCAAUCGUCGGUACUCAAUUCUAUCAAUAGUGUUAUAUCAUUUACAAGUACACAGAAAAUCAGCACAGUUGUUGAUGAAUCGAACACGUUGAUUGUUGAUGGUGUUGGCGGUGAUUUUGGUUCGAUGCCUGGAGCUAUUCGGUUUCGUUUGUUAGUCAAUAUUGAAUCAGAUGGUCAAUGCGAUUUGCUAAACGAUCGUUUAAUAAUAUUUUCGGCGAAUUAUUUUACGCUUCGCAUUGUAAUCGCUACGAGUUAUGUUAAUUACUCCAAUGUCAAUGGUGAUGAAAUUCAUUUGAGUGAGACUAUGCUCAGAAAUUCUUUACAAUUUAAUUAUGAACAACUAGUGCAACGCCAUGUCGCCGAUUAUCAGUCAUUAUUUAAUCGUGUUCGAUUGAAUUUGGGCGAAAGUCCAGCGAUGCAGCAGCCAACUGAUCGUCGGAUUCAGGCUUUCUCGCAAAAUCCUAAUUUAGAUCCACAAUUGUCAACAUUGUAUUUUCAAUUCGGACGUUACCUCUUAAUUUCGUCAAGUCGGCCGGGCAGUCAAGCAGCGACGUUACAAGGUAUUUGGAAUGAUUCAAUGUCACCACCAUGGCAAUCGAAAUAUACGAUCAAUAUUAAUAUUGAAAUGAAUUAUUGGGCAGCUGCACCUGCGAAUCUGGUCGAAUGUUACCAGCCACUGUUUGACCUUAUUCAAGAUAUAUCUCAAACGGGACAAACGACUGCAAAAUUACACUACGGAACAAAACGCGAAGGAAGUUGGGUCUGUCAUCAUAAUACAGAUAUUUGGAGAGGCACGGCACCUGUUGAUGAUGCUGUUUACGGCACGUGGCCAACAGGUGGUGUAUGGUUGUGUAAAACUAUCACCGAUUAUUAUGCAUUUACUAAUGAUAAAGACACUCUUUUUCGCUAUUACCCAAUCCUUCGCUCGGCUGCCCAAUUUUUCAUUGAAACUUUGGUCAAAUCCUCGAAUUAUUUAUUAGCAAGUCCAUCCAUGUCACCUGAAGUUCCACAUCAUGCUCAAUUAAACGCUGUUGUAUGCGCCGGCCCAACGCUGGAUAUUCUUUUACUCAAAGAUCUAUUUUCAGCAGUGAUCGAAGCAUCUACUAUGUUUGAUAUUGACGCGCCAUUUCGUCAAGAAGUUCAACAAACUCUGGCACAAUUACCACCUUUACAAAUCGGACAGAUGGGGCAACUACAAGAGUGGUUCAAAGAUUGGGAUCAAACGGCUGACCUUCAUAAUCGGCACAUGUCUCAUCUAUACUGCGUUUUUCCUGGCAGUUCGGUUACCGAUGAUCCAUCGCCUUAUCAUGAUGCUGCUCUUCGUUCUUUAGAACUUCGAGGCAUUUUACUUCCAUCAACUGGAUGGUCAUUGGCAUGGAAGUCGAAUAUAUGGGCUCGAUUACGUCAAGGUUCGACCGCUUUUCAACUUCUUUGCAUGCUAUUAACACCUACACACACUGCUCCGAAUCUAUUUGAUCUAAUUGAUGGUCCACCAUUUCAAAUCGAUGCCAAUUUCGGUGCGAUGUCAGCUAUUUGCGAAAUGUUGCUUCAAAGUCAUAAGAAUCGUGUUGAACUUUUACCUGCUCUACCAUCGCUGAGUUGGCCGUCAGGUUCUGUUUAUGGUUUACGAGCACGAGGAAAUUAUGAAGUAGACAUCACGUGGACAGAUGGAAUACUCGAACGAGCUGCAAUUACACCUUCAUCAAAUCAACCAGUUUGUCAUGUUGUCUAUGGAGAGAAACAAUUAGUUUUAGAACACGUGCUAUCGGGCCAUGUAUAUCACCUUAAUUCAUACUUACAAUUAACUCAUCAAUCCAAAUGUCAAUAA